AUGGAGUCGUUGAUCGAACUCUGCGAUCUGAUCGCACAAAAUCCUUCGCAGUUUGCUGAUAAAUUGGCUUGGAUUUGUGGCCGAUGUCCACCAAUUGACUCUGUUCCGGCAGGAUCAUUGAGGGUUUCGAGGUCACAACUUAUUGCAGUACUCGCCACGGCUAGAUUUCUUUUUAAAUGCUCCAGUUUCGAUGGCAUGAGACCCAAACCGGCAGUCCUAGGGUUUUUUAGGUCGAUUCCGUAUUCUUUCGCUCAAUCUUUUUGGCCACAGUCGUUUGGAAUCGCUUCGUUCUUUAAGGAUUUCUUGAGUUAUGUGAAUAAAGCUAGUGAGCUGUCCUCGGAUUUUGCCAUGGACGUUGUGGAGUAUAUGGGAGAGAUUGUGAUGUCGGCGAUUAACAAUGUCGGUGGAGAUUUGGGGCUUUAA